GAGCUUUGAGCGCCUCUCUGGCGGAGCACUUGCUGUGUGCUUCCGAGGAGAACGCUGUCCCUUGAUAGCGUGAAUUGUUGUGGAGGUCUGGAUUUGGUAGAGAAAAUCUUCCAUCAUGUUUAAGCGGCAGUUUUACGCUGUCGAUCAUGCGGACAAUGGACAAGAUUCGUCGUCAGACGAGUCCGAUUUAGGCACCUCUGAUGACGACUCUGAUGAGGAGAAUGAAGAGGUCGCACAACGUAGCGGUGGCUCGUCCGAUGAUGAGGCAGCUGCGAGUGAAGAGGGUUCGGACGUGGACGAGGACGACGAUGAUGAGAUGCGAGACAGUGAAUCUGAGGAUGAGGAGUGGAGUGCUUUUCGAGAUAGGAACAUCAAAGUAGUUCAACCAAUCGAUAGUAGUUAUUUCUUGUCAAAGAAGUCGGCUGAGGCUUCGGUAGAUGGCAAGGAGCAUACCAAGACGGAAAACGUUGAAGAACCUGUUGGAGAUGGCGUAGUUUUACGAAUUAGAGGAGUUCUGAAAUGUCGGCUUUGUGUGAAGGUCCUUUGUUUAUCUGAUGAAACAAUGAAGGCGCAUUUGCAAUCGAAGCGCCACGCCAAGUCACUUAAACGUCUCGCAGCUGGGAAGCUUAAAGUUCAAUUAAAUAGUGAUGGAGAAGAAGAGGAUGAGGCAGAAACUCACUCUGAGCGGCUUGAGCGCAUUCGUAGGGUCGCUGAGGAAAAGGUAGAACCUGUAAAGAGUGGAGCGAGCAGCGGUCGAAGAAAUCGAAGGAAACGCGCUAAACUCAAGGCGUCCUCAUCCAUCGAGUCUUCAGCACUGACGACUGAAUCUACUCCGACUGCGGAAACACCUAAAAGUAAUAGAAAGGCCAGGAGGGUUAAAGGAAUCGCGAAUGGCUCAGACAAGAAACCGCCCAACCGAACUGAAGCUCCUUCGAAUGCGGAAACACCCAAAAAUAAUAGAAAGGCUAGGAGGGCUGCAAUGUUCGCAAACGGCUCGGACAAGCAGGCAACUGCAGCCUCUCCCAUUGUUGCGAGUACCGUGAAAGUGUCUAAAGCUGUUGAAAUACCUAGCAGUAUUAACAGUCCGAAGGUGACGAAUGCCUCCGAUAAGAAGUCUCGUGAUGAGACCAAAGCCGUGCAUGCCCCAAAAGCUACAUUGAAAGGACCCAAAGUUACAGAUAGGUCGAAGAAUACUAACUCUCUGAACGGAUUAUCCACCUCUGUUACCGGUGUAAAUCGAAGUGUAAAGUAUAAGAAAAAGAAUUCUGAAAUUCUAAAGAAAGUAGAGUCGAAGAGGCGGGGAACAGUAGCGUGGACGGUGGCUCGCAUGUCGAAGCUAGCCUUCGCCACGAUCAUGCAUCUGUACCUUUCUGAUAUUAGUGCAAACUUAGAAGGCCUGGCCCUUGCGUUAGUGGUGGAGCUGUGUCCCUCGAUCUUGUCACCAACCCUAACCCCGUGGAAAGACCACCGGAAACCACUUUGGCUCUUGCAAGUGCAGCUUCUAUUUGCCUUCUUCACCUAUCGUCGUUGUUUUCAGUACAGAGAAGACGAGCGGAAUCGCAAUCUUUUGCCUACAUUACAGUGUUGGCUGCGUUCCUGGGGUAGGGCUUCAGCGAGUUCGGAAGCCAUGGCAUCCACGGCUACUGCCUUCAACGCCGCUACUGCCGCCAAUGGAGUGCGACUCAACUCCAUCGCAGCCUCGUGUGCAUCGUCUGCCUCUUGCAGGAGCGUCUCUUUCUCUUCGUUGAGACCGGCAGCAGCGUCUAGAUUGUCAAGUCUGAACUCAUCGCUGCGAGGUGGGUUCAUCGUCGUGCAGGGUGAUGUGGCCUGGAGGCAGGACGUGCGAGGCAUGCCUGUGCAGGUGCGUGCCGAUGCGUCUGGGGCUGCUGCUCCCAAGUCCGGAUCCUCUACAUUCAAGGUUGCUGUCCUUGGAGCCGCUGGAGGGAUUGGUCAACCUCUCUCCCUCUUGAUCAAGAUGUCCCCUCUUGUGUCCGACCUUCGCCUGUACGAUAUUGCAAAUGUUAAGGGAGUUGCUGCGGAUCUUAGUCAUUGCAACACUCCUGCGCAGGUCUCUGCCUACACUGGUCCAGCAGAACUCGCAGCAGCACUGAAGGACGUGAACCUCGUUAUCAUUCCCGCAGGAGUACCCCGCAAACCCGGCAUGACCAGAGAUGAUUUGUUCAACAUCAACGCCGGCAUCGUCAGGAGUCUCGUUGAAGCAGUUGCGGAAAAUUGCCCCAACGCUCUGAUCAACAUCAUCAGCAACCCCGUGAACUCCACGGUUCCAAUUGCUGCCGAGGUUCUCAAGGCCAAAGGUGUCUACGACCCCAAGAAGGUCUUCGGCGUGACCACAUUGGAUGUGGUGCGGGCCAACACAUUUGUGGCCCAGAAGAAGAACUUGCGCCUGAUUGACGUGAAUGUUCCAGUGAUCGGUGGUCACGCUGGUAUCACUAUACUUCCCUUGCUUUCAAAGACAAAGCCCACCGUUGAGUUUACACCUGCGGAAGUGGAGGAGCUGACCGUGCGUAUCCAGAAUGCCGGUACUGAGGUUGUGGACGCUAAGGCCGGAGCUGGAUCUGCUACUCUUUCAAUGGCGUAUGCUGCUGCCAGAUUUGCUGAAUCGUGCAUGCGAGCAAUGGAUGGCGACUCUGAUGUUUAUGAGUGCGCUUACGUCCAAUCCGAGGUCACGGACCUGCCUUUCUUCGCCACCACGCUGAAGCUCGGAAAGAAGGGUGUCGAGGAAAUUAUCAGUGAGGAUUUGAACGGGUUGACCGAGUACGAGAAGAAGGCCGUUGAGGCUUUGAAGACAGAGUUGAAGGGCAGCAUUGAGAAGGGUGUUCAGUUUGCCAACAAGCAAGCUGCCACUGUCUAG